GGACAAAGCAGAGGCAGAAACACGUGAAUUUGGGAUAGACUCCGGAAAGGUGUGUCUUCACAUGGAAGUUCAUUGCACUCUCUCCACCAAGUGCUGUGGAAGAGAAUGGUGAGCAGCCAAGCCAAGUAUGAACUGAUCCAGGAGGUAGGCCGGGGCAGUUAUGGAGUGGUGUACGAGGCUGUGGUGCAGAGGACAGGUGCCCGCGUCGCUGUUAAGAAAAUCCGAUGCCACUCCCCCGAGAACGUAGAGCUUGCACUGCGGGAAUUCUGGGCGCUUAGCAGCAUUCAAAGCCAGCAUCCGAAUGUCAUCCACUUGAAGGAGUGCAUACUUCAGAGAGGCGGUCUGGCCCAAAGGAUGAGCCAUGGUUCCUGCUCCUCUUCCUACACGGAGCUGGUGGAGACGUCCCUGAAAGGUGAGCUGGUGUUCAAUAGACGUUGUUCUCGCUACCUGUGGUUCGUGACUGAUUUCUGUGAUGGCGGCGACCUGAACGCCUACCUGCUGUCACGUAAACCAAGCCGGCGCACCAACGCCAGCUUCAUGCUUCAACUCGGCAGCGCUUUGGCUUUUCUGCACCGCAAUCGUAUCAUCCAUCGGGAUCUGAAACCGGACAACAUCCUGAUCUCACAAGGUCAGGCAGAACCCACACUAAAGGUGGCUGACUUUGGACUAAGCAAGGUAUGUUCCGGGUCAGGCCUGGACCCAGACGAGCCAGCAAGCGUGGAGCGCUGCUUUCUGUCUACGGCGUGCGGCACUGACUUUUACAUGGCCCCCGAGGCCCGCGAGGGCUGCUACACAGCCAAGGCGGACAUUUUCGCGUUAGGUGUGAUCAUCUGGGCCAUGGUGGAGCGACUCACGUUCGUUGAGGCAGGCACGCAGCGGGAGCUGCUGGGCAGUUACGUCCGGCACGGCGAGGCCAUCGUGCCGCUGGGCGAGGCGCUGCUCGAGAACCCCAACCUGGAGCUGCUGAUCCCGGCGCGGAUGAAAAGCAUGAGCUCGUCUAUGAAGAGGCUCAUCAGGGAGAUGCUGGCGGCCGAUCCUCGCCAGAGACCUGACGCUUUUGAGCUCGAGCUCAGACUGGUGCGCAUCGCCUCCAGAGAGCUGGACUGGGACACGUGAGGCGCGGCCAGCUGCAAAUUAAAUUUUUUUCUGUUUUUCAUUCACCAAGCAAAAUAAACACUUUGGGGAUUUGACACUUACGCCCACGUGCACAAUUGGGCAGCGUUUUAUGAAAUGGACUGUGCUUUUUUUCACUUAUUUUGAGGAGCGAGAAAUUUGUAUAAGCUUUUAAGAUCGAUUAGGACGAGGUACCCAAUCCUGCAAAAUCCACCCCAAUCCUCCAAAAAAGUCAUGCCACUAAAAGAACCAGAAAAAAAACAAAUAAAUGCUGCCAUAAGCACUUCUGUUUACCUUCCAGAUAGGUAGUUGAUGCCAUCAGGACACCGGUGACAAAUUAAAGGAAAAGUAACAUAAUUUUGGACCAUUACAGUAAAGUACCAUAGAUACCCUGGACUACAGGGAUAACAUCUGACUUCAGUCUGA